UCGACGACACCCGCCAUGUCGUCACCGACGAACGAGGACUUUGACAAACUUCGACGGGCUUAUUCGGUUGUUUUGGACCAGAUUUCUCAUAAACUGGAUCAACUUCAGCAGGAUAAGCUUCGUUUCUACUGUUCUGGACUAAUACCGACGGAAGAUAGAGGCUCUUUAAACAUUUUGCGUUCAUUAGAACAUUCGGAUAAAAUUUCCUGGGCCAAUGUUAAUUUCUUGAAAGAGGCUUUAAGAGCAAUUGGAAGAUGUGAUCUCGCCAAACUGCUAGAGACGUUCGAAGUUAGACGCAAUCUAACGCUUCUUCUGGAUUUCUAUGCCAGAGAGAGACUUGAAGAGGAUCCCGUUUACGUUCCCCUUUCGCUGAAAACGACCGCGCGUCAUUUGUUGACAAUCGUCACAGAAAACGAACACGAAAGCUGCAGAUUUGACGGCACAAGAAUGAGAUCACUGGUGGAGGCAAACAAGAACAUCCUCCAAGUCUUCGAGGAAGAAGUUGAUGUGCGUAGUGGAGUGAACUCACCGUGGAGUAAACUGACCAUGCUUGUGAUAAUUGCAGGAGAAAUCAUUGUGGCGGCACAAGCUUCCAGAAGCGACGACAUACGCAGGAAUGAAAUGCUAGAGAAGUGUUUCAGUUUCGUUGAAAUGCUUAGCUACAGGAUGCUGGAACUUGGCAGCUGGGAUGAUUUCUGUGAUUAUGUGGAGGAAAGAUGCAAUGAUGUAUGGGGUCAGCGGGAAGGGUGCAACCGCAGCAACGCAGACGUAGCAGACGUGGUUCGACAACUGAGAGAAUCUCCUUUUUUCCUUUAGAUAGAUAAUUAGUCUAACAGUCUUAAUCAGCGUAGCAAGUUUUCAGAGGAUCAGGGGCGAGGUUUCACCUACCCCUCCCCUGAGCCUUGCACUUCUGUAGAAUAGCAGGCGGUCUGGAUCGCGCGGUUGCAUGACAAAAAAAAAAAAUGAAAAAAAAAGCUGCGAAGUAGAGACGCAUUUUUAUGUUUCAUUUCACUUUAAUUUUUCUCACAGACUAUAGAAUGUUUUACGUGCUGGCAAUGGAGUGGAGCUCCACUUCAUUGUUUUAGCACUUCGCUUUUAGCGCGCGUGAAAGACCGCUCUUUUUUUUUGGGGGGGGGGGGGGUUGAUUUAUCAUUGCCUACAUCUUCCUUCUGUUGAAGUCUAAGAGUUCUACCCUCACUUCACCAGACUGACACUCAGUGACUGACACUGACUACAACCAGAAUUUAUUGCAUAAACAAAAAAAUAGAAAAAUCAUGAAAAAAGUCGAAAAAAUUUCAAAAAUGGUUUUGAGGAUAUCGUCGGCAAAGGAUUGUGAAUUGAUGCUAUUGAAUGUUCAAGAAAUUUCGAAAAACUGCUAAAAUAUUACUACUACUGAAACUUUGAAAUUGAAACUUUUGAUAUUGAUGCUAUUUGAGAAUUUUCUAACGAUCGAGUAUUACACUGAAAGAAUGACUAAAGAUUGAAACCAAGAAAGAUACACAGUAAGAAAGUACCACAAAUGAACCAAGAAACAAGUUUAACAAGAAGCAAACCAAGUACCAAGAAAAAAUGAACACACAACUUAUGGCGGAAAAAAAAAACGAAAAACUAUGCAACAAAGAAAACUUACUUACAAUUUAUGGCGGAAAA